AUGGGUGAUGAUGGUAGACGAUAUUUAUUUGAUUUGUAUCGUCUUAAUCCUGUUGAUAUUGAAUUUUUAGAGAAAGAAUGUGAACCUAAAGAAGAAAGUGACCUUCCACUUUAUUCUCACAAAUUAACUUUAUUAAGACCAGAAUUGAUUGAAUCUUUUUGGGAUUAUAAAUUUAGAUUGUGGCUUCAGGAAAAGGCUAAUCGAAAACAGAAUGAGGAAACCAAAGAUUCUAAACCUGAAGAUUCUAAACCUGAAGAUUCUAAACCUGAAGAUUCUAAACCUGAAAAUUCUAAACCUGAAAAUUCUAAACCUGAAGAUUCUAAACCUGAAGAUUCUAAACCUGAAGAUUCUAAACCUGAAGAUUCUAAACCUCAAGAAGUAACUCCCGAUGAAGAAUUUAAUUUUACAUUAAAUCCAGCUUCUUUUACUGAUUAG